AUGAACUGGACGGCGGGCCGAUGCGUGCCGGCGCUGAGAGUAGCAGCCGUGCGUCUGCACCAAUCGAUGCUCCCCGCUCAGGCGAUCCGCCGGCUCGGGUGUCCCGCGUCGCCUGGAAGCAUCGCCGGAUGCACGCAAAUAAGAAUCGACGGCUGUAGACGAUCGAUUCACGGCUUUGGCCAGCAGCGGGUUCUGCGGAGACAUCUGGAACACUCAUCGACGGUUAUUGCACACGUGGCACCUGCUGGUAGGCGGAGUCGCAAUGUACGCUGCUUGGCUUCUAGCGCAACUGGCGAUGGAGGAGCGACGGCUGGAGCUGAGUCAGCAGUUGCGAACGUGGCAGCCGCUUCGUCAGCUGAAGCAAUAGCUGACUUGGAGUCGACGAGUGAGCAGAAAGCGGAGAGCGGGGCUGCUGGGAGCGGAAAUGCAGGCGCGGGGAGGCGCAAGGAGCGGCGGAUGGUGAAAGAAUUCAAAAAGCGGUUGAGGAUUGCUGAUAUUAAGAACGGACCGGACGAAGGGAUGGAUCAGGUUGGGCGCCACGUGGAGCUCCGUGGUUGGGUGCGGACUGUGCGCUCUCAAAAGGCCUUUUCUUUCAUUGAGCUCAACGACGGUUCGUCCCUCUCAGGCAUUCAGGUGGUGGCCACACCUGAGAUCGAAGGCUACCAGGAGGUGGAGGGGGGUGGCAUCACCACAGGGGCAGCGGUAUCAGUGGAGGGCGAGGUGGUGGAAAGCCAAGGCAAGGGCCAGAAGAUUGAGAUCAAGGCGCAAAAGCUUACUCUUGUGGGUGGCAGUGAUGGCAGCACAUACCCUCUGCAGAAGAAGAGGCACUCCUUGGAGUAUCUUCGCAGCAUAGCCCACCUCAGACCCCGCACCAACACCAUCGGCGCCGUGUCUCGGGUGCGCAGUGCGCUAGCACAAGCCUCGCACCGCUUCUUCCAGUCGCACGGCUUCGUGUGGGUGGCAUCGCCCAUCAUCACAGCGUCUGACUGUGAAGGGGCUGGCGAUCAGUUCCGAGUGACCACGCUGCUGCCGGGCACCCCCGAUGCGUCCACGCCAGUAAAGGCCAUCCCCACCAACAAGGACGGAUCCGUGGACUGGUCCCAGGAUUUCUUCAAGCGCCCGGCGUACCUCACAGUGUCAGGGCAGCUGAAUGCGGAGAUCUACGCGUGUGCUCUGCACGAUGUGUACACGUUUGGCCCCACCUUCCGAGCAGAGAACUCCAACACCUCGCGCCACCUCGCCGAGUUCUGGAUGAUCGAGCCUGAGCUGGCAUUUGCUGACCUGGCAGAUGACAUGGCAUGCGCCACGGCAUACCUCAAGUACAUUCUUCAGGAAGCCAUGAGCGAGUGUGCGGAGGACUUCAGAUUCUUUGACAAGUUUGUCGAGCCAGGGAUCAUCCAACGGCUCACGUCAGUGGUGGAGAGUGAGUUUGAGCAUGUGCCCUACACCGAUGCCAUCAGCAUCUUGAAAAAGGCCAAGACCAAAUUCGACUACCCGGUGGAGUGGGGGAUUGACCUCCAGAGCGAGCACGAGAGGUACCUCACAGAGAAGGCCUUUAAGAACCGACCCAUCAUUGUCACCGACUACCCCAAGGACAUCAAGGCGUUUUACAUGCGGCUCAACGACGAUGGCAAGACCGUUGCAGCCAUGGAUGUGCUCGUUCCCCGGGUGGGGGAGCUGAUAGGCGGCAGUCAGAGGGAGGAGCGGCCGGAGGUGUUGGAGGGGCGCAUGAGGGACGUGGGGCUCGACCCCCAGGCCUACUGGUGGUACCUCGACCUCCGCAGAUACGGCUCAGUCCCCCAUGCGGGGUUCGGGCUGGGCUUUGAGCGGCUGGUGCAGUUUGCAACGGGCGUUGAGAAUAUUCGCGAUGCCAUCCCCUUCCCUCGCGUGCCUGGAUCCGCUGACUUUUGA